UUGGAGUCGGUAUCUGGAUUAAAAAUCCCAUGCCUCGACUGGGAUCUGAACCCAGUACCUACCAGCCUGUAGACAGAUGGCCUAACCACGGUGCCAUCGAGGCCGGUCCAGGAGAUGGUGUCAGCUUGUGUGCAGUCAGCUAUUGCAGUGCUGGAGCGCCAGUAUAGUAGAUAUUUCAGCAUUGAAAUUACAGAAAAACUGAGGGAGGAAACAGCUUCAACCCGUCUCCAUAAUAUCGAUUCUGAUGAGAUCAUGGAGAUGUUUAGUGCGGCAAAAGCAAAAGCUCCGAAUGCCAUUCUCUGCUUCUUAUCUUCACAGCUGCGUGCUUGCAAAAACAAGACUGUGGUCUACUUGGAUGGUAUAAGUGAAGAGAGAAGGGAGAUUGUGCUGAAAAAAGCUGUGAAGCUUGGGCGCAUGCAAAGAGACCAAAAGAGGAGAACACAGAAUGUACUCAAGGCAGAAUUGAUAAGUAGGCAGAAGAAGAAGCAGCAGAGCAGGGAUGAUUCAGAAAGAAGAAGGAUGGAGCGGUUACUCAAGGACAAAGGUCUCGAGGUAGUACAAACCGCCUAUCCAGAUCUUGACUAUUCUCAGUCAGAAAGAGUCCAUGAGAUGCUGGAUGGAAAAGGUUGCAGAGAAGUAAAUUGACCAAUGAGCGUCGUGUUGCCCACGAAGAUAGUGCUUUUAAAAUACACCCCCUAUUUGAAUAAAAUAAUUUAUGAGUUUGAAAAUAGGUAAGAAAUUGGAUCUUUGACAGGAAUUGCACCUACAUUUAUGGUGCACAGUUGUGUUGAAUGAGAUCUCACUUUCCAUGAGUGAUUUGUACAUACCGAGUAUGAAUACAUGGUCGGGGUGGAGAGACUUCCUAGCAGCCGUGAAAUGGCAAAAUGCCGGGUGCCUCCAAAAAUAAGAGAUUAUUUCCAGAUUUAGGUUGACAUCACCCAGUUCAGACAUACUUGCUGCACAAAACAAGGACUGGCCAUCAUCACUACAUGUGUGAUUCACCUGAAAAAAUUCUCUUUUUCUCUUUUUUUUAAUUUAUGUUAAUAUAGUGGACAGUGUGUUAUGAUUUACUUCUCUGCUACCAAAAGCAGCAGGGAAAAUGAUCUGUCACAUGUGGUCCCUUGAGCUGGAAGUGGUUCCAUACAGUGGAAUGAUCCGAAAGCAGUACAAGAACAAGGAUUACAAGGUUUCUUAUUGGACUAGAGGAGGAAGGAAUGGACAAUGCAACUGACACACAGAUUUCAAUGUAUUCCCUUGCCAUUGAUCUGUUGCAUGGGGAUCUGUUUUUUUGACUCCUGCUGAACUCAAGAGAAUAUACAUUGUGCUUUGACCUUGGAUUUUGAUAU